AUGAUGGCGCCAACAUCACUGAAGGCAGGCCUCUUUCUACUCACACAGUUACACCUGUCAUGGGCAAUGGCCCUGGCCCCGCGUCAGCAGGUCAGCUGUAUCUAUGAUUCUGCUGCCAGUACUGGAGAUACUUGCCAAUCCUUCUCCGCCGAAUGGGGCUUGACCGUGCAGACUUUGGAGUCUCUCAACCCGGGAACCACCUGCCCGGACCUCGUGGCCGGCCAGAACUAUUGUGUGAUCGGCACAGUUUUAUCUACUGCGCCAACUACGAGCUCUUUAUCUCUUACCACUUCCACUUCCACUUCCACCACUUCCAUCGUUUCCACGUCGUCGUCAUCAUCAACAUCGGCUCCACAUCAGCCGCAACAAACGGGUACUGCCGCUAAUUGCGACCAAUUUUACCUGGUUCAAAUAGGGGACUCGUGCGGAAAAAUAGAAGCCCAGUUCGACAUCAGCGCGAGCGAGUUCCUUGGCUGGAAUCCAUCUAUCAACUCAGAUUGUUCCAACAUCCUGGCCGGCUACUUCUACUGUGUUGACGUCCCCGGCUCCACCAUCCCCGUUACCACUACAGUCCCGGGGGCUACGACGACUUUCACCGAUGGCAUCACCACGCCCACGCCCACCCAGAUAGGCAUGACAGACAAAUGCAACAAGUUUGACCUCGUUCAAUCCGGCGACAGCUGCGAAGCCAUCGCAGCGAAAUACAAUAUCCCCCUCUCCACCUUCUACGCCUGGAACCCAGCCGUCGGCUCUUCCUGCGCCGAUCUCGACUUGGGCUACUAUGUCUGUGUCGAUACCACUGGCUACACAGUGCCGACCAAGACAGCCUCGGCUGGUAACGGCAUCACCACGCCCACGCCCACCCAGACAGGCAUGACAGACAAAUGCAACAAGUUCGACCUUGUUCAAUCCGGUGACAGCUGCGAAGCCAUCGCAGCGAAAUACAAUAUCCCCCUCUCCACCUUCUACGCCUGGAACCCAGCCGUCGGCUCUUCCUGCGCCGAUCUCGACUUGGGCUACUAUGUCUGUGUCGCUACCACUGGCUACACGCUGCCGACCAAGACAGCCUCGGCUGGUAACGGCAUCACCACACCGACACCCUACGAGCCGGGGAUGGUGGGCGACUGCACAACUUUCUACCUCGUUCUUUCGGGUGAUACAUGCGCAGGCAUUGCUAGCAGUCAGGGCAUCACAGUCAGCGAUAUUGAGCAGUGGAACCGCAAAGUGGGAUCCAGCUGUACGGAUUUAUGGUUGGGCGAGUACAUUUGCGUGGGCGUAUGA